AUGGCAGCCCCGUUCGGCGGGGGCAAGAAGCCCUUCCACAUCGUCUCGCCCGUCCUGGAGAGCCUGCCCCUGUCCAAGGCGGCGGGCACCAAGGUCUACAUGAAGCUGGAAAAUGUCCAGCCCACGGGCUCCUUCAAGAUCCGCGGCAUCGGCCACCUCUGCCAGGAGGCUGCCAAGAAGGGCUGCCGCCACUUCGUUUGCUCCUCAGGGGGUAACGCAGGUCUGGCAGCGGCGUACGCGGCCAAGAAGCUGGGGAUGCCAGUCACCGUCGUGGUCCCCAGCACCACUGGCACCGCCACCGUGCGCAAGCUGGAGGAGCUGGGGGCGGAGGUGGAGGUCUCUGGCCAGGUGUGGGAUGAAGCCAACAGGCGAGCCCUGGAGCUGGCACAGACCGAGGGUUGGGUCAGCAUCCACCCCUUCGACCACCCCUUGGUGUGGCAGGGUCACGCCAGCCUGGUCCGGGAGCUGAAGGACUCGCUGGAGACCAAACCGGACGCCAUCCUGCUGGCAGUGGGCGGCGGGGGGCUGCUGGCGGGGGGCGGGGGCGGGCCCCCGACAUCACCAGGUGAGGUGGGCUUUGUGGGAGCGGCCAUGCGUGCAACGAGUUGGCGGGUCUCAGCCAGCUCACUGAAGGGUCCCGGGACCACCCUGACUGCCUUCCUCCCCUCCUCUCCCAGCGUGGCCAAGUGUCUGGGAGCCAAGAUGGUGGCGGCACGGGCGCUGGAGUGCGCCCAGGAGUGCCAGGUCAUCUCCCAGGUGGUGGAGGACACGGAGGCUGUGCGAGCCGUGGAGCAGUUCCUGGACGACGAGAGGAUGCUGGUGCAGCCGGCGUGUGGGGCCGCCCUGGCCCUGCUCUACACGGGGCGGCUGCAGCGGCUGCAGCGUGAG